AUGACCGUAGCCAGUGACACAUCUGCUGCCGCAGAACAGGUUAUAGUGUCUGAGCACCAACUACGCGAAAAAGUCAUCAACGAAGAGUUCAAGAUCUGGAAGAAAACCGUCCCUCUCCUCUACGACACAAUACACACCAUAGCAUUGGAAUAUCCAUCGUUACUGACUGACUUCUACCCCCAAUACACUGUCUCUGACAACAAAAACGUAGUCACUGCCAAAUUAGCUCUUGGAACUAACACUUCUGGCAAAGGCCAGGACUAUGUACACAUCAUGGAGGUGGCUUUACCGUCCACAUUGGCCCCUGACUUUGCAGACUUUGCGUUCAGCGAAAACAUACCGAUUCCUGCCAACGUGACCGAAAAUGCGAUCAAAAAGACGCAUCUGUGGAAACAUCCCGGAGAGGUCAAUGCUGUGAGAGUAUCUCCAGAUGGAAAGAGAAUAGUGACCUUCGAUAACAAGGGUGCCAUCCAUAUAUUUAGAGAAGGCGAAGAAGCCGACCAGAAGUUGGCUUACCACAGCGAAGAGGGUUAUUGCUUAGAAUGGAUCUCUGAGCUGCAGUUCCUUAGUGGUGCGAACGAUAACAAAAUUGCCUUGUGGGAUAUUUCCGCAACUAGUGCGCCAGUGAAAGUCUUUAACUCACAUUCUGCUGUCAUCAAUGACAUCUCGUACAGCAAGCCCUCAAAGGUGCUCUUCGGGUCAGUCGCUGAUGACUACUACAUUCAAAUUCAUGAUCUUCGAGCUCCGGAAGAGUCGCCAGCCAUGAAAUUUUCGGAAACAUACAUUCAGAAUGCAAUCCAGUUUCAUCCUGAAAUCACAACUCUCUUCGCGACUGCGGGAAGAGAUAAUCUUGUGACUUUGUAUGAUGCUAGAAACACCAAAGAGCCAUUAAGGAAAUUCUACGGCCACAACGACUCAGUGGUUGGGUUGAAAUGGGGCGGAUCUGCAGAGCCAGAUCUUCUUUACUCUUGGGGCUUGGAUAAGAGAGUUCUCACCUGGGAUUUGAGCCAGUUGGGCGAAGAUUUCACUCCAUCAUUUGAGGUUACUGACAGCAAAAAGAGACUAAAACAAACCGCCGACCCCUGUUUGCAAUUUAUCCACGGUGGCCAUACCAGAAGAAUUAACGACUUUGCUGUCCAUCCAACGAUUCCCGGCCUUCUUGCCUCCGUUGGCGACGACUGUUUGUUAGAAGUUUACAAACCAAAAGAUGUAUUUGAUCACGCUGACGACAAUAGCGAUAGCGAGGAAAAGGCUGAGGAGUCCGGUAGAGACAGCAAAGGCGAUGAUGAAGAUGACGGUGCGCAAUCUGACAAGGUAGAUGAAAAAGAUUUAGAGAACGACCCCGAGAAUGAUGAGGAUAUGACCAAGGGCGAAGAGGAUGAGGAGAGUCAUUUUGGCAACGGAUCUGAGAAUUUGAUGAAAGCAGGCAAAGAAAAAGCUGAAGCUGAAGAUGUUGAGAUGGAGGAGGCCACAAGCUAG